UUACAUUGUUUGGUUUCUAUGAUAGUUAUUCAAAUAUUGAAAUAAGUUAUAUUACUUUUUCGAUGAAAUGUCACUUUUACCCUUUGUUUUUAAUAUUAAAAAAGCAACACACAUAAAAAAAAUAGGGACAUAGUUGGAACAAAACAAAACCCAAACAAUCUCAACCAAAACUUGAGAUUUAACUAUCACUCAUUUUGAGUGAUAGUUUGUGUCAAAUCAAGCAAACAAUGCAUGUAUUCUUUGUGCAAAAAAUUCAAAAAAACGAUACAUUGUGUACAAUACAUGUAUCAUUUGGAUUGAGUAUUUGACAAACUUGUUGUUUGGGGCCAAUUACCACACAAAUACCACAUAAUUAAAACCUGUUAUUUGGUAUGUGAUAUUUGGUCUCAAACUUGUUAAUUGGCAAAUACCUGCCCCUCCCAAGUAUUUGACAAACAACACUUUUUAUGUUAUUUGGUCUCAAAUCUGUUAUUUGGUAAAACACUACAUUCAAAUAACGCAUCCCACUUUUUGCGAACCAAACAUGUUAUUUGGGUCAUAUAACAGAUUUUUGUGUUAUUUGACCCCAAAUACUCAAUCCAAACGACACCUAAUUGAUUUUCACCCAUUGAAAUCCGAGCACAUUUAAGGAACAUAAAUUGUUUAACAAAACUAAACGGCUAAUACUAAUAGGUCAUUUGUUUGUUAUAAAGUUCACAUUCAUUCAGGUGUGAGGUGACACUUUGGCUAAUUCACCUGUGUGGUGGGGACUUUGGUUGGGAGUUCCGGAAACAGAGAGCCCAACUGUCAAGCAUUUUCAGCAUUACAUUACUGUUGUCGUGCAUCCAUCAACACUGCAAAAGCUACAAAACUUUACUAAUUUCCUUUAACAAUAUUCCUCCCUCGACACCAUAGACGCUCUCUCCCUCUCAUUCUCUCUGCAAAAUCAAUCAAUCUCAAUCGGGUAUUUUGGUCUAGGGUUUCACUCCCACCCUCUUCACUUCCCCACACAGCUCGCUCAAUUCUCUUCUCCCCCCUGCUUCAUCUGGGUUCUGAAGCUUUUGUCUUCAAGCCAGCUUGCUCUCGCUCACCGACUCAGUCAAGACGCUUGAUUAACCCAAUUCCCAUUAUUGCUCCCUUUUUCCUCUCGCGUAUCCCAUCUACUUUUCCACCAAACUUUUUACUCUCCCCUGGUUUGUGGGUUUCCUUUUUGUGUGUGCUUUCCGAUUUGAGAUUGCUCUGUCAGUUCUGGUGUGAGUUUGAUGGAAAUUAUUGGGUAGGAUAAAGGAAGGAAGGAAGGAAGGAAGGAACAAGAAAAAUCAUGAAGAUUUGCUCAAGUACAACUCCUGGUUGAUCCGACAACGUGUUAAUCCAGCUGCCAAGCUCGUUUCCUAGCUUCCUUCCUUGUUCCAGCACAAGUUUCCUCAGAUUGGAAGCUCCAAAGUUGGUUACUUUCUUUCCGAUCAGCUCCUGGAUUGGGGAAGUUUUUGAGGGGUUUUUUGAGCUGUAGAUUUGGGGACCGGAAUGGCGGAAUCCGGUAAAGGCGCUUCCAAUGAUAAGAUUCAGAAUCUGAUAGCUGCGAGGAAGUCACUGAAGCUGAGCUUGGAGAAGUCCAAAUCGCUGGGGCUUGCCCUAGGUAAAGCUGGGCCUAGACUGGACGAGAUUAAUCAACGGCUGCCUUCUCUGGAAGCUUCGGUGCGCCCCAUUCGUGCAGACAAAGACGCCCUUGUUGCAGUUGGAGGUCACAUUAACCGUGCUGUGGGUCCUGCUGCUGCGGUGCUCAAGGUGUUUGAUGCGGUUCACGGGCUUGAAAAAUCGCUGCUUUCGGAUCCUCGGAAUGAUCUCCCUGGUUAUUUGUCUGUGCUCAAGCGCCUGGAGGAGGCAUUGAAGUUUCUCGGGGAGAAUUGUGGAUUGGCAAUUCAGUGGUUGGAGGAUAUAGUGGAGUAUUUGGAGGAUAAUUCGGUUGCGGAUGAGAAGUACCUGUCGAAUUUGAAGAAGUGUCUAAGGGAACUGCAGAACGAUGAUGAAAGGUCCCGUCUUGAUGGCGGGCUGCUGGAUGCUGCAUUGGAUAAGUUGGAAGGAGAGUUCAGGCGGCUGUUGGCGGAACACAGUGUGCCACUAGAAAUGUCAUCUUCAUCUGCUGACGAACAGGCGGCGGCCAUUGCACCCUCACAAUUGCCUGUGGCGGUAAUUCAGAAGUUGCAGGCCAUUCUUGGCAGGCUUAUUGCAAAUAACAGACUUGAGAAAUGCAUUUCGAUAUAUGUUGAUGUCCGUAGUUCAAAUGUUAGGUCUAGCUUGCAGGCGCUCAAUUUGGACUACCUUGAAAUUUCGAUCGCUGAGUUCAAUGAUGUACAGAGCAUUGAGGGUUAUAUUGCCCAGUGGGGCAAGCAUUUAGAGUUUGCUGUCAAGCAUUUGUUUGAAGCAGAGUACAAGCUUUGUAAUGAUGUCUUCGAGAGGAUAGGAUUGGAUGUGUGGAUGGGUUGCUUUGCUAAAAUAGCUGCUCAGGCUGGCAUUCUAGCAUUUCUACAAUUUGGGAAGACUGUUACAGAGAGUAAAAAUGAUCCUAUCAAGCUUCUUAAGUUACUGGACAUAUUUGCAUCUCUUAACAAAUUAAGAUUGGAUUUCAAUCGGCUCUUUGGUGGGGCAGCUUGUGCUGAGAUCCAAAAUCUAACGAGGGAUCUCAUAAAGAGCGUUAUUGAUGGAGCGGCUGAGAUUUUCUGGGAGCUUCUGGUUCAGGUGGAAUUACAAAGGAAGAUUCCACCUCCAGCUGAUGGAGGUGUUCCCAGACCAGUGACCUUUGUGACCGAGUACUGUAACAAGCUUCUUGGGGAUGACUACAAGCCUAUACUGACGCAUGUUCUGCAUAUUCACCGAAGUUGGAAGCACGAGAAGUUCCAGGAUAAGCUUCUUGUUAAGGAAAUGUUGAGCAUAAUUAAGGCCAUCGAGCUCAAUUUGGAAACGUGGAUGAAAUCUUAUGAAGACAAUACCCUAUCCAAUUUUUUCGCCAUGAAUAACCAUUACCACUUGUACAAGCAUUUGAAGGGGACAAAACUAGGGGAAAUACUGGGAGAUUCUUGGUUGAGAGAACACGAACAGUACAAGGACUACUAUGCUGCAAUCUUCUUGAGAGACAGUUGGGGUAAGCUUCCUAGUCAUUUGAGCCGGGAAGGUUUGAUUCUCUUCUCAGGUGGGCGUGCCACUGCCCGGGACCUUGUCAAGAAAAGGCUAAAGACUUUCAAUGAAGCUUUUGAUGAGAUGUAUAACAAGCAGUCGAACUGGGUUGUGCCAGACAGAGACCUGAGAGAGAAGACAAGCCAGCUGAUUGUGCAGUCUGUUGUGCCUGUUUACAGAAGCUAUAUGCAGAACUAUGGGCCUUUAGUUGAGCAGGAAGGAAAUUCCUCCAGUAAGUAUGCAAAAUACUCGGUCCAGUCUUUGGAGCAAAUGCUUAGCUCAUUGUUUCUGCCUAAACCUGGGAGGUAUGGAAGCUUUAAAGUUAAUAGGAGGGUCAGCGACAAAUUCGAUAAUGGCGUACCGGCUCUGCAUCGUGCUGCCUCUGCAAUUGUGUGAUUGUCGUGUGGUCACUUGUGUUGGUUUGUUUGGUUGUCCUCUCAAAUUCCAGAUGAUCAACCCCUUUCUCUGUACAUAAGGGAUGGAGGUCCUUACAGGCGUGAAAUGAUGUCAUAUAGUCCUCUCUCACGUUGUGGCUCCUCUGAAUGCUGCUGCCCAAGUUUUCCCCCAUCAGCUGAAGUUCCAUAAGACACAUGGCAACCGAGAGAGUGCGCGUCUCCAAUGCCUGGCUCAUUCUGGAAAGCUUUGUUGAUCUGAGCAGCUCCAGGCAUAUGGAAUAUGUUCCUAAAUACUGGAACAGUAGAUAAUACUUUUGAGGUAUAGCUUUAUCUCAUUUUAUUACCCCAUUUAUUCAAUAUUUGCCAUAAUAUGGCUCUCUGCACCUGCAACCGUUUAGAUUGUCUAGCAGGGAUUAACUUAAAUUGUCACCUUGAGCAGUAGUCAUUAUACUGAGGUACGGUACCCUUUAAUGGGGGGUUUUACCUUUUAGUGAUGUAAUGGAUGCUAGAGGCCUUGUUCAGCCAUGAAUUUACUACUGAAAGCACUUUUCACAAUAAGAUAGUCUCUCCAUUUCUCUUUGUCGCAGUAGCUUCCCAUUUGCUUUAUAUUCUCGUAUUCAGAUUCUAAAUGGAUCCUUUGCUGUAAAGACAGCAUGCAUCCAUAUGCUUUUGAGAACGUUAUUUGCUUUAUCUCAUCUCUCUGGCCCGUUGUGGAUCUCUGAAUCUUCCAAAGCAACCGUUCCUACUCCAUCUUGGUCUGUUUGGGAACUCAUUAGCAUAAUUUUGGUUUACCUGCUCGUCCUGAUCUAUCCCGUUCAGGUAUUACCUGACCAGGAGCGACAAUCUUGCAUAUGAUUGCUAGUGCAUGCAAGAGAAGAGAUUCCAAUGCGGGGCUUCCAGUCUGAGGUUUUUCAGGCUGCUGAUUUGGAUCUCUUAACGACAGAUCGGUUUCCCUCUUCGCCCAGGGCAUACUCGUACGUUGUCAACAUCAUCAUCAGAUGGUGGGAGAUCAAUGCCGUUGAUACGAGUUUGAGCUUUUAGCUCCAUUCUUGAGCUUGCUAAAAACGUAGCCAUGCUCGCUAUCGUGGCAAUUACCGGGAGUUCAUCAUUCUUCCAAGCUGUUGCAGACUUGCAGCAGCUGCCUUUCCAUUCCCCCGUAUAGCCUGUGAGGAGAUUGAGGGUAAGGAGGCUUGCCAAUCUGGUGAUUCCGGGAGGGAUUUCGCCGGAGAAGCUGUUGCUGUGAAGCCAUUGUUGCCAGAGAGAAGUGGCAUCAUUGAUGGAUGAGGUACAUGAGGAAGUUGAGCUGUGGAGGAGUCGAGAACUGAGAUCGAGCUACUGCUAGGUGACUCUUUGGUUGCUGACAUCAUACGGUUUCCCAUUUUGCAGAAAUGGAGUGAAGAAGUAAGAGUUGUUGCUGUUCAUCGUUCAUCUGCUUACUGCUACUGCAUUCGCCUCCAGCCAGGGAUCCAAAUGAAACGUCAAAUGAGCUCAUAAGAAGCAGAAAAUAUAGGCUCCAAUUUUCAUCUAAAGAUGGGCUGAGAGAAUCCAUCUAGGGCCAUACGUUUUAAGGCCCAACUUUUUAAUCUCUUUUACAUUCUAAGCCUGUUUAUUUAUUUAUUAUUAAAUGUGUACCAAAAAAUAUUUAUUAAAUAAGAAAAUUACAAUAGCUUCAGAGAAAAAUAAAUAUUAACCAGGAAGAAGAGGGAAAAAAAGGUAAUGUCUAUUUUUUAUUCAAAUCUUUUUCAUAUUUUUUUAUAUUGUUCAAACCUAUUAAAAUGUUAUUAAUUAGUCAAAUCUUUCGUAAUUCGUCAAAAUAUUAGUCAUUUUUAUGUUAUCGUUAAUAAUUUUGUAACUCAUUUUCUUAGUCAAAAUGCUAAAAUUUUGGAAUUUCGGCCUUCAUGUGUCUCUUCCAAGUUAGUAUCAUGUUGCCAAGUCAAUAUUACUAACAAAAUUGCUAAUUGGAAGUUAGCAUUUGGCUAAUUCUUAGUAUUUCGAUAGGUUUUGAUAAUAUAAAAAAAAUCUGAAAAAGAUUUGGAUAAAAAAUACCCAAAAAAAAUUAAACCUUAACAAAGUCAUAACUCCUAAUCCUUCUCUUCAAAACUCAUAAUCGACCAAUCUAAUCUAAUCAUAAGUCGUAACCCCAUCUCCACCUCCUUUAAUUUUCGUUAAUUAAUUAACUAAUUCUGACCAUGGUCCUUGAAACCGUACCGUAUUGACAGUUCAACCACGACCAGUACUAAAGGUUAAACCGGUAAAUAAUAUUUAACGGUCUAUCGAUUGAACUACGAUUAAACCACAAUUUUAUCA